AUGAGAGGUCCCGUCUAUUCUGAGGACCAAUUGUUGGCUCUCAAGGAGUCGCCGUUGGUAAAGAAGCCAGAUGGCCUGCCUGAAAUCUCACAAUGGAUGGAGGUCCCCGCGGACCAGGGCAACAACGUCCAGGCGAAUAAUAAUGGCACCGCGCGCCGCGCCCGAGGUGCACGAGAAGGAGAGACCAGUGCGACGAAUGAGUCACGCCCAUUGAUCAACCCUAUGGGACAGUUUGGUCGUCGACAGAGCAUGCAACCCGGCGAAGACACAGUCCUCGGUCCUCCCAAACUAGCUUUUGCUUCUGCCUCUCGUGCAGCAGCCAAGGCAGCGGGAGACGCAAAAGAGCGUGCCGGCAUCAUUUCCAUGGACGGUGACAAUCUUGGCGACCGCUUUCCGCGUGAGAAGAACGAGCGAUGGACGCGCGACCGUGAUGUCGAUCGCCCUCGUGACAAGGGCUUUGCGAAUGGACGCCGCAUGCCACGAGAAGAAGGUGAGGGCUGGACGAAUGUCAAGGGUCGCAAAAGCAUAGGACAAGAAGACUUUGAGCGCUUUGCUCGCAACGGCAAUGGCGAUCGCUCCCGCGAGAAGGCAGAUGGUGAGCUGGAGCCUGAGGGAUCCCAUCGGCGUACAAAUCGCGAACGUGCAGAGCCGCGAUGGGGUCGCCGUGAGGAGGUCAAGGAGGAUACCAAGCCAGGUCUACAAGGUGGCUGGCGCGACCGAGACCGCGAGCGAGAGCGUGACAGGGAGCGGGACUGGACGCGGGGGGGAAACAAUGUCCGGGCCGAAGAAGAGCCAGAGUGGUUGGACACCAAGACAGAGAAGAAAGAAAUCAAGCCCCGCACACAAGAGGAUUUUCAGCGUUGGAAGGAGCAGAUGCGAGCCAAGGAUGCACCAGCAGAGGACAGGGACGACGCCCGAGAUGCUCCCACGGACAGGGCCAUCGCGACCUCUGCUACGGUGCCGCCUAUGUUGACGCAGCCAUUACAUGGCCACUCUGGUGUGGAUUCUACACAGGGCAUCCUCUUCGGAAAUUGGGGCAGAGAUACAGGAGGCGACAUUGCACCCCCGGAGGUCAUCUCUGCGAAGCCCAAGGCAGACAAGAAGUCACGCUUCAUGAACAUGUUCGCAAAACCAGAGGAGCCUGGCACGUCAAGUCAACCGCCUGCGCCUCAGCCAGCCUCGCCAGCUCCUGUCAUGGAAGCCAAUGCCGACAAGGAAGGCUUUCAGCGUAUUCUGCAGAUGCUUGGACAAGUCAACGUCGGUGGCCCAACAUCCACGCAGUCAAAUAUACCAACUAGUACAAAUGGAAGUCGCCAUGGCGGAGGUGUCUCGCUGGAUUUCCAUCAGCAAUCGCCGCCGCCAGAGCUUCAACACAAUAGACUGCCUCCACGGACUGUGGAACAGCAGAGCAUUCUGGACAGCAUUCUGGCACAACGUACUGCUGCUCCUGAGCAGCGGAUGCCACAACAAUCUCGCUUCCAUAACAUGUCACCAGAAAACGCACAUCCCGAACAGUUCAGGCUCCCGCGACCUGAGUCCAGUCACCCAGAAGACCAUUUCCAACAUCAACCACCGCCGCAGAGACACACUCCUCAAGACUCAAACCUUGCAGCCAUUUUAAACAGCCGUAGUCGCGAGGACGCAAAUCGGGACCAGGCGACGAAGCAGCGUGAACGAGAAUUUCUCCUUACCCUUAUGCAACAACCUACUCGGGCUACACCUCCCCAAAUGCUCAAUCACAAUGCAAAUCGCACUCCACAGGAAAGCCAUAACAUGGCAUUCUUCGAUCAGCCUAGACAGCAGCCACAACAGCAGCCUAAAGGUCGCGGUGGUAUCCCUCCCGGUUUCAUGGAAGAUCCUCGUAUGUACAAUGAAGGUGAAAUUCUCCGCCGAGAGAACGACCGUCGCGAGCAAGAGCUCCGACAACAGCUUAAUAUGCAACAGCAACAACAGGAGGCCAUGCGCGUCAAGAACAACCGCAUGCCCAUGGGCUUUCCUGGUCAUGACGAUCCCCUCAUGGGUCUCCAGCGCCGUAACACGGGUGGCGAUCCACGCAUGACGACGAAUAUGGGCAUCCCAUCCCAGCCCGUCCCAGAUAUGCCAUAUAUGGGUGGAAGAGGUCAGCAAGGCAUGCCUCCCACACCACAGGAGCGAACCAACAUCGCCCCACCGCCCGGCUUUGGAGGUCCCAUGCGCCAGCCUCCAGGUCUCGGUGGGCCAGGCCCGCAGCAAGUAGGACCUGGAGGGCCAAGCUUUUCAGCUGGCAACACUCCGCUAGGUCACCCGCCAGGGUUCCCACCGCCUGGGGGUAAUAUGCGUGGCAUGGGCUUCCCUGGUGGUCCUGGUGGCCCGGCUGGGAACGGCAUGCCCGGCCCGCCUCAGGGCUAUUUCCCACCACCGGGUUACGGACCACCGAUGCCUGGCAUGCGUGGAGAAGACCCUAGGAUGAUGUUUGAUGGCCAAUUCGGCGGACCUGGGCCAAGGCAGCAGCAGGGUCGCCCAGGUCCACCCAACAUGUAUUAG